AUGGCAUUUCAAAUGUCAACUCUCUCUUCGCGUAUCAGAGCCAUUGGUCCACUUUCCCGCUGUCGUAGUGGUGACUUUCAUACCAGUGAUAUCGUUGUGUGCUCCAAAUUUAGAAACAUUUUCGGUCUUGCAAAUCGUCAGGUGUAUUCGCUGGUGCGAAGUGGGCAGAGUUCGGCGAACUCCAGCCCUGCAAAGUGCAAGGCCAUUCUGAAACCAGGGGGUAUUCACAUUGCAAACCGUGUGGAGAAGUUUUCAACAACUACAUCUGCCGCGAAGUCGUUUGAGUCGUUUCAGGGGCAUAACAAGGCCUCGACCUCCGGGGGAAAGUACGGUUCGUUGUACCGGAUCGCCCUCGCCGCGCUUGGGGUGACGACCGCGGUGGUGUCCCUGCACGCAAGUGCCCAUCUCGCCAUGGCGGCGGGGUCGGAGCGGCUAAACCUCGACUCAGCCAAAGGCGACUGGAACGAGGUGAAGGGUAAGUCUGCAGACAGACACAGUCAGGGAGUGUGGCUAGGAAUCUAUAGCUGCUCAUGUUGAGAAUGUGGUUGUUCAACAGGACCUGUUGCAUGUGAAAAGUAAAGUGGUCAAAGCUGUGAGGCCUAAAUUGCAAUAGAAAACAAGUAGGUGCCUACUCAAAUGUUGAAGCUGCUUUGCAGUGGCUCAUCGUGGCCUUAUGUGGUACUAGGCUACCAAGCCAUUAGUGCAUUACAGCUGUUCAUUUGUCAUUUCCCUUUUCACUGUGUUGUCGCUACAUUGAUUAGUGGAACGAUCAUAAUCAUCAACUCUUUGUCCCUUUCCUCUUCCUUAGAUGCCUUGCUCCAUAUGAGUCAGGAGGAGAGAAGGAAGCACUACAGGACUACCUACCUGUCCCUGGACGAGGUGCCUGUGUGGACCGCUAAGUCACUAGUGGACACAGGAGGUUGGUGGCACCUUAAUUGGGGAGGACGUGCUCGUGGUAAUGGCGCGGAAUCAAUGGAAUGGUAUCAAAUACAUCAAAUGCAUGGUUUCCAUGUGUUUGAUGCCAUUCCAUUCGCGCCGUUUCAGCCAUUACUAUGAGCCAUCCUCCCCUCAGCAGCCUCCACUGCUAGUGGACUAAACCACACUCCAUGGCAAAGGACGUUUCUGAUUAACUUAAGCAACGGCGUGGAGCUGAGACCAGGCUUUGUGGAAUCUAACUCUGACUACAUCGACUCACCCAAGGUUAAGAGUUAAAAAGAAAUAAAUUAUGAAACGCCCAUCUUUUUUUUGUACCUAUGUUUGUCCUUGUUUGCUGAAAAACUUUUUCAAUAAAUGUUAAUCAAAUACCACCAUCGACUGUUUCCUUGUUGAGAGUCAAUGGGCUCAUGCGCAUUUGCACUGAGUUGCCAUCUUAGAGCAACAGCAAUGAGCAAACAGUAGGUGGUUGUAUUUGAUUAACGUUUAUUGAAGAAGUCUGGAUUUCAGCAAACAAAGAAAGGCAUGCAGCUUACAGAGGAUAAACAUAGGUACAAGGUCGGCGUUUCAUAAUUAAAUGUUUUUAAAUGAUUGACCUUGGGAGAAUCGAUGUAGUCGGAGCUAGAUUUCACAAAGCCUGGUCUCUGCUCGACGCCGUUGGUGAAGUUCACCAUAAACUUCCUUCGCCGUGGAGUUCAGGCCGCUAGUAAGUGACCUGGUCACCUAGCAAUCUAUCUGCUGUUGUGUGCUGCACAUCAAGUAAAUGAUCUUCCCUCUGCCAGCUAUAGCCAUGCCUUACUGCCAAGGUGUCUUAUCUUGCUCCUUCCUCACACUAAACCAGUGGAGGCUGGAGGGAGGCGCUAUAGAAAGGAUGGGCUCAUUGGAAUGGAGCAAUGGAACGGAGUCAAACAUGUGGUUUCUAUAUGUUUUAUGUGUUUGAUACCGUUCCAUUUAUUUCAUUCCAGCCGGUACAAUGAGCCCAUCCUCCUAUAGCUCCUCCCAUCAGCCUCCACUGCUCUAAACCCUUGUUGUUUCUCAGCUCCCGUUCUGGGGACCCACAACACAGGUUUACAUGUGUUUGGUCCAGCCCAGCAGUAGUUAAUGUAAAUUAGUUAAUGCUAGUUUAGUAGUGUUAUCGGGCCCCAGGACGACAGCGUCGCUUAGUGUCCACUAUAGAUAUUCUGAAAAGACAACAUAUAUAAACAGUAAAACCAUGUUAAUAUUACAGUGUUAUUAUAACAGUGUUGAAAGGAGCAGGUGUUCAUCUCUGUCUCCAAGGUGAUUCAGUCAAGGGGACCAACUUCAAGAGGAACGAAGCUCUGGACAAGAAGAUCUCCCUGUUCAGCGGUGACAUCACCAAACUGGAGAUUGAUGGGAUCGUCAAUGCA